CAAUUAUGUAGUUAAAAACUAUAGCUAUAUAUAUAUAUAUAUACAUAUUGAUAAGGCAAAUUAUAUUUAAAUGUACAGAAUGUAAUCUUCUUUCCUUUCACGUAUUCGCGUAGGUUAUACAUUCUUAUAUACUUUAUUUCAAACAUAUUUAAAACUUUGGUACCACGAUGUCGUCUUCACGUACUGGUGGUGUAAGGCCAAUAUCUAUUGCUGGUCGUGUAGGCAGGGAAAGAGAACGUUUGAUUGGCAUGACAGAUGAGGAACGUGCAUGGAGAGCACGUUAUCUCAAAUCUCAAAUUCUUGCACCAGAAGAACCGAUAGUUCCAGAGGGUUAUUACAAGGAGGCUUAUAAUCCUAUAAGAAGAUUCUAUAGAGCACCUCUGAAUGCAGUAGAAAAAGCACUAAGUGGAUUAGUGGGUCCUACACCUGCAUUUGUUAUACGUGGCGUAACAGGAAGACUCUUGAUGGGAAUCGCAGGGAUAUAUUGUGCAUGGUAUUACUUCAAAUAUAAUACAGCGCAAUGGACACGUGUCUCUGGUUGGAGAAUAAUUAAACCGCGUCCUACUUUGUUUGUAGGAGACAAAGAUUUUCCUAAUUACGAAGUUAAAACACCUCAACAGUAUGCAACACGAGGCUUCGAAAACUCUCCAAUAUAGAUAUUACCAAAGUUGUAUGUAGAUAAUUUUUAAAUAUAACCAAUGUAAUUCACUAAAAUUAUCAUCAAAAGAU